GCCCGGUACUCCGCGCGCCUCGACCCUCGUCGCCGUCCCGUGGUGUCUUUGGCCCGAAGGGCGGCCGAGGCGCUCGCCAUGGCGGCGUUCAUCUCAGUACAGCUGAAAAAGACCUCGGAGGUGGACCUGGCCAAGCCGCUGGUGAAGUUCAUCCAGCAGACGUACCCGAGCGGCGGGGAGGAGCAGGCCCAGUACUGCCGCGCGGCCGAGGAGCUCAGCAAGCUGCGGCGCGCCGCGCUCGGCCGCCCGCUGGACAAGCACGAGGGCGCGCUCGAGACGCUGCUGAGAUACUAUGAUCAGAUCUGUUCCAUUGAACCCAAAUUUCCAUUUUCUGAAAACCAGAUCUGCUUGACAUUUACGUGGAAGGAUGCUUUUGAUAAAGGUUCACUUUUUGGAGGAUCGGUAAAAUUGGCUCUUGCAAGCUUAGGAUAUGAAAAGAGCUGUGUGUUGUUCAAUUGUGCAGCCUUAGCUAGCCAGAUUGCAGCAGAACAGAACCUGGAUAAUGAUGAAGGAUUGAAAAUCGCUGCUAAACAUUAUCAGUUUGCUAGUGGUGCCUUUUUACACAUUAAAGAGACCGUUUUAUCUGCCUUGAAUAGAGAGCCCACUGUGGACAUAUCUCCAGACACUGUUGGGACCCUCAGCCUUAUCAUGCUGGCCCAGGCCCAAGAAGUGUUUUUUUUAAAAGCCGCAAGAGAUAAAAUGAAAGAUGCCAUCAUAGCUAAAUUGGCUAAUCAGGCUGCAGAUUAUUUUGGUGAUGCUUUUAAACAAUGUCAGUACAAAGAUACUCUCCCCAAGUAUUUUUAUUUCCAGGAGGUGUUCCCUGUCUUGGCUGCAAAGCACUGUAUCAUGCAGGCCUAUGCUGAGUACCACCAGUCUAUCCUGGCAAAACAGCAGAAGAAAUUUGGAGAAGAGAUUGCACGGCUACAGCAUGCAGCAGAAUUGAUAAAAACAGUGGCAUCUCGCUAUGAUGAAUAUGUCAACGUGAAGGAAUUUUCUGACAAAAUCAACCGUGCCCUUACUGCAGCAAAGAAGGAUAAUGACUUUAUCUAUCAUGAUCGAGUUCCAGACCUUAAAGAUCUAGACCCUAUUGGCAAAGCCACACUUGUGAAAUCUACUCCAGUCAAUGUACCCAUCAGCCAGAAAUUCACCGAUCUGUUUGAGAAGAUGGUUCCUGUGUCAGUCCAGCAGUCUUUGGCUGCCUAUAAUCAGAGGAAAGCUGAUUUAGUUAACAGAUCAAUUGCUCAGAUGAGAGAAGCCACCACUUUGGCAAAUGGGGUGUUAGCUUCCCUUAAUCUUCCAGCAGCAAUUGAAGAUAUAUCUGGAGAUACCGUACCUCAGUCUAUAUUGACCAAGUCCACAUCUGUGAUUGAACAGGGAGGCAUCCAGACUGUUGAUCAGUUGAUCAAAGAGCUACCUGAACUUCUACAAAGAAAUAGAGAAAUCCUUGACGAGUCAUUAAGGUUGUUGGAUGAAGAAGAAGCAACUGACAAUGAUUUAAGGGCAAAAUUCAAGGAACGUUGGCAAAGAACGCCAUCCAAUGAACUUUAUAAGCCUUUAAGAACAGAGGGAAACAACUUCAGAACCGUUUUGGAUAAAGCCGUGCAAGCAGAUGGACAGGUGAAGGAGCGUUACCAGGCUCACCGAGACACCAUUGCGCUUCUGUGUAAGCCGGAGCCGGAGCUGAAUGCCGCCAUCCCUUCUGCUAACCCGGCGAAGACAAUGCAGGGCAGUGAGGUGGUGAAUGUCUUAAAAUCCUUAUUGACAAAUCUUGAUGAAGUAAAGAAGGAAAGAGAGGGGCUGGAGAACGACCUGAAAUCAGUGAAUUUUGACAUGACGAGCAAGUUUCUGACUGCUCUGGCUCAAGAUGGUGUGAUAAAUGAAGAAGCUAUUUCUGUUACCGAACUGGAUCGAAUCUAUGGGGGUCUCACAACUAAAGUCCAGGAAUCUCUAAAGAAACAGGAAGGACUUCUUAAAAAUAUUCAGGUCUCACACCAGGAAUUUUCAAAAAUGAAACAAUCUAAUAAUGAAGCCAAUUUAAGAGAAGAAGUCUUGAAGAAUUUAGCUGCUGCGUAUGACAACUUUGUUGAACUUGUGGCUAAUCUGAAGGAGGGCACAAAGUUUUACAAUGAGCUGACUGAAAUACUUGUCAGGUUCCAGAACAAAUGCAGUGAUAUAGUGUUUGCACGGAAGACAGAAAGGGAUGAGCUCUUAAAGGACUUGCAACAAAGCAUUGCCAGAGAACCGAGUGCUCCUUCAAUCCCAACACCCACGUAUCAGUCCUCUCCAGCUGGGGGGCAUGCACCGACGCCGCCAACUCCAGCACCAAGAACCAUGCCGCCUACUAAGCCCCAGCCCCCAGCCCGGCCUCCACCUCCUGUGCUGCCAGCAAAUCGAACUCCUGCUUCAGCUCCGGCUGCGGCUCUAGCUCCAGCCCCGGCUCCGGCAGGCACUGGGACCACUGUACCAGCUCCAUCACAGACUCCUGGUUCAGCUCCCCUGCCUCAGGCCCAAGGACCCCCAUACCCCACCUAUCCAGGGUAUCCUGGGUAUUGCCAAAUGCCCAUGCCCAUGGGCUACAAUCCUUAUGCGUAUGGCCAGUAUAAUAUGCCGUAUCCACCAGUGUAUCACCAGAGCCCUGGGCAGGCUCCGUACCCGGGACCCCAGCAGCCUUCAUACCCCUUCCCUCAGCCCCCACAGCAGUCUUACUAUCCACAGCAGUAAUAUGUCAGCUCAGAAGCUCAGCUGGUUCAGUUCAAAGGGAAAGAAAUACCAACCCUGCAAUAAGUGUACUAAACUCUACGCUCUGGUUACUAUAACGUCCUCUACUGUGCUGAAUGCAGUGUAUAAUUUCUGUCUGCAGCUAGAAGCUGUGCCCCAGUUCCACACUUGAUUGAACUUGGGCGAUUUGCUGCUGUUGCAGUGUAAACACUAAGUAUAAUAGAAUUUGAAUUAAAUUACAUUACAGUUCAUAAAAGUUGAAAAUGAGAAAUUAAACCCACUGGUGAAACGUUUGAAAUUAUUACACUUAAGUACGUGAUUGGAACAUCAGAUGCUUACAACAAUGGUUUAAGUACGGAUAUACAAGAAAACUAAGUUAUCUUUCUCUUUUGGUUUAUUGAUUUGGUUUGAUUUUCCUUACGCUAUUUUGCAUAAUCAAAACAUUGUAAAUCUUUUAAUUUAAAAAUAAAUUCCUUAAGA